AUGACGACUGCGAGGCAUAGCCUGCCCGAUGGCAGACACAACGGUCUCGGGCGGCCGCCGCUGCCGCACAUCGAGGACCUCGUCGCGAUACCGACCGACAUCGAUGCCAACCAGUCGAUCCGCCGCCUGCUCGAGCAGGCCGAGGCGGCGCUGCGCCAGUCGGAGAUGAGCCGCGACUUCAACCGCCCCGGCCUCGCCCUCAAGGAGUACAUUCGCGCCUCCAUCAUCGCCGUCCAGGUCGUCUCCAACCACAAGGACUACCCGGCCAUGCGCAGCGGCGACGCGGCCCGGGCCCAUAACGCCCUCCUCAGGCGCAUCUCCGCGCAGAGCGACGCCUACGAACACAUCAAGCGCGACAUCAUCCAGGACAACCGGCGGACCGGCGUGCGCCCGACCGUCAUCCGCGCGGCCGCCAACGGCGCCCCCAAGGAGAACGCUGCCGCCGAAACCAAGAAGAAGCCGCCCAUCCACCCCAAGCCACAGGCCCUCCACGGCAACGCCCUGCGCUCGUCCAUCGACGCCGACCUCGCCGCCCGUUUCGCCAACCUCGGCGGCCCUCAGCCCUCGCCGGGCCAGGACCCGCGCAUCAAGACGUAUCCCAUCCCCGCCCAGCGCCCUUCGGGGCCCCGCGAGAUGCCUGGCAAGCUCAACCUUGACACUGACGCCAUGCCCAAGCUGCCCGACGCCAUCUACAGCCCCGCGCGGGGGAGCGUCUCGGGCGAGGCCGCGCGGCUGCCGACGAGCACGCCCCGAGGGCUCUUUAGUCGGACCGGGUCCGUCUCGGCGCAGGGCGACUACUUUCCCCCGAUGAGGCCCGACGCCGACGCCUCUGAGCCAUCAGAUCCGAAACAGAACCCUCCGAAACCCACGCCUCCUCCCACGCAACCUCCGCCCCCGAGGCCAGCGCCGCCGAGGCCGGAGCCACCCAAGGCAGAGACGGUGGACCUACCACCCGGCGACGACAUUACCCCUCAGCAGCUAUACGAGGCAAUGCGCAAGGCGUCGAUCCUGCUCAUCGACGUCCGCUCGCGCGAGGACUUUGACGAGGGCCACAUCAUGGCGCAGGCGAUUGUGUGCGUUGAGCCCAGCAUCCUCCUACGCGACAACAUCUCGGCCGACGAGAUAUCGGAGAGCAUGGUGCUGUCGCCGCGACAGGACCAGCCGCUGUUUGAGCGGCGCGACGGGUACGACCUGGUCGUCUUUUACGACCAGAGCUCGGAGCGGGUGACGCAGACGCCCAAGAACUCGGACCAGAUCGUCGUGCUCUCGCUGCACCGCGCGCUGGUGCACCUCAACUACGGGCGCGAGCUGAGGCGGCCGCCGCGGAUCCUCCGGGGUGGGCUGGACGCUUGGGUCGACCUCAUGGGCCCGCGGUCGCUGCAGGCGACGGACCCGGAUCGCGCGCGCGCCAGCAAGCGCAACGGCAUCAUCCAGCGGCGCGGGUCCAAGUACAUCAUCCGGCCGCUGCAACCGGCCGACGUGCGGGCGUGGCAGAACACGCUCGAGCAGGAGGCGCAGCAUACAGCGACGCGGCCGAGCUUCCCACGGACGGGUGAGGAGUUUCUUCGCUCGCGGCCGGCGGAGCGACAGUCGAUGAUGCGCCCGCCCGUCUCCGCCGCCGCCUCCGCGCCGCACCGCUUCGAGCAGCUGCCGGCGCCACCGGCCAAGCCGCGCGCGGCGGUGCAGAAGCCGACGCACAGCGGGCUGGCGUCGUCCGAGGAGCCGGAGCCCAUGCGGCCCUCACGCGGCGGCAAGCCCGACGGUAUCGCGCGGGCGCCGACGGGGCUCUACAACCCACGAAACUGGUGCUACGCCAACAGCACGCUGCAGGCGCUGCUGGCGUCGCCCGAGUUCUCGCGGCAGCUGGCCGACUCGGAAUGGAUGCAGGCCAAGGUGCCGCGCAAGGCGGGCGAGAAGAUUGACCCGCCGCAGCUCAUGAUUCGCAUCAUCUCGAACCUGUUUCACUGGAUGAGCACGGGCAAGUUUGAGACGAUGAAGGCGCAGACGCUCAUGGACUACUCGCGCCACCUGUGCAAGACGACCGACGAAAACGCGCAAUUUGGCGGGCACCAGCAACAGGACGCGCAAGAAUUCAUGUCGUUUGUCAUGGACCAGCUGCACGAUGAGACCAACCUGGCGCGCGAUCGUGGCGGGCACGUCGAGCAGCCGAGCACGCGGGGGCGGACGGUGCUGCAGGCGGCGGCGGCGUACUGGGAGGGCCACACGCGCCUCAACCGAUCGCUCGUGGACCGAUACUGGCGCGGGCUCGACGUGGGCACGGUGCGGUGCCUCGAGUGCGGCACCAGCACCUACACCUUUUCGCCCUUCUCGUGGAUCUCGGUGCCCGUGGGCGCAGACAACGCGAGCCUCGGCGACGUCAUGGCGCGCUGGGCCGGCAGCAACUCGCUCGACAACUACACGUGCGACCACUGCGGCCGGGCCACACGCGCGACCCAGUCGACGUCGCUGGCGCGCAUGCCGCCGCUUUUCUGCCUGGGGCUGCGGCGCUUCGACGUCAACGCCCAGGGGUACCUGAGCAAGUCGUACGCGGCCAUCUCCUGGGACUUUAACGACUUUGAUUUCAGCCCGUACUUUGUCGACCCGAGCGGCGGCAGCAUGACGACGGACCGUGCGUUCCGGGCGCCCUUCCGGUACGAGUGCUACGCCGUCAUCUGCCACGCCGGCAAGGGCAUCGAGACGGGCCACUACAAGGCGUACGUACGGGACGCGGGCACGCACGACCCCUACGCGUGGUACCUGUGCAACGACUCGUCGGUGAGCAAGGUGCGCAUCGGCAGCGGCGACGCAGCCGACGCGGCGCGGCACGUCUUUUCCGACGGGCAGGGCACGGUGCCGUACCUGGUGUUUUUCCGGCGCAAGGAGGCCGACUGA